UCUUAUGGCAACAGAGCGCCGGCGGUAAACAUUCCAGCGCGAGCCUGGGAGGUCCGGUGGCACGCGCAGCCCAGCUGGGGCUGGCUUCCCCGGCCAGGAGGCACCUGCGCGCAUUCGCCUGGCGGGAGCCGAAGCGGAGAGUUGGCGCGCUCGCCAAGGAAGGAGUCGCGCGUCUCCUCCAGCCCUGAGCGCGGAUUUGGCCCUGCGACGCCAUGGGGUGCUCGAGCAGCGCUCAGACCCAAGUCAAGGACGGCAGCCGGCCGAGCCCCAUGGCCCCCGGCACCAACGGGCUGCAGAAAUGCGAUGACAAUUCACCCAUCAAUGAUGAAAAUGAAACCAUACCUGACCAGACCAAACUUGGAGGAAUGGAUGAAGUAGAUCUUGCAUCUGACGGAACAAAAUUAAGUGAGGAUCUUACCCAAGAGAAGGCAGAUGUUUUGCUUCCAGAAAUAACAAAAUGUGCUCUUUCUGCCUGUCAAAGAGUAGACCCAGAAGGUACAGAACCUCCGCCAGUGUCACCGGAAGAGAAGUUCAGCAGAAGCGAGCCUUUGGCUACAGGCCUUGUAGAAGCCAGUGAGCCUCAACCUGUGGAACUAACAGAAGGUGAUGAGCCUCAUCCUGCCACAGAACCUGCCAAUGCUCAGCCUCCAGAAAUCGCACAGGACGCUAAACCUGAGCUUGUCAAACCAACAGAGGGGAGCACACCUGAGCCUUUGGUGAUGGCAGAGGAAGACUUUAAUCUUGUAACAGAAAUGGUGAAGGAACUGCUGAUAGAGGAAGAGGAACAGCUAACCGAGGGUGAGAUGGGAGAAAAGGUGGAAACUGAGAUGCACUCUGAGAUAGUAAGUGAGGGCUCUGAAACAAAAGAAGAAGAAACAGGAGAAGCUACAGCAGCAACAGAGAUAGAAGCUACUAAUAAUGAAGAGUGAAUCAUGGGUUCUGCAUGGACUUCAUCUUUGUUUAGGUACUGAAGUAACUAUUACUCCAAUUUGAAAAAAAUCUGGAUUUUAUAAAAGCUUUUACGGACUUGCCAUGAGAACUCAAGCAGUAGGGGAGAAAGGAUUUUAUUUUGGGAAGUCAAGUUGCCAAGACACCACUGAGGAAUUGCAAUGUUAAACCUUCACAGGUUUGCCGUAUAGUGCCUUCUGUAAAUUUCAUAUGAGUAGAACUGUAUGUUGCAAUGCAAUAGCUUAACUAAAGUAGGUGAAUAAUUACAGAAGAGGUUGCAUGCAUUUUAAAAUCAUAUGAAUUCCCCCAACCCCCAGUGUUCUAUACUGGGAUGCAUUACGGAUUCUGAUGUGAUCUUACAGUCACAAUCUGUUUACUGUACUAGAACAAUUCUUGUGUGAAGCUUCAAUUAUUCAUACAUGUUUACAGUAGCUAGAGCUUAAUAUUGCUUCUCUAGUGUAAUUUGGGCAGAUGCAUCAAUUUUGAAAAUGGGAAGAAAUAGCCAUCCUCAACAGUUGUUAAAAUCUUCAACACUUCUGUACAUUAAAAAAAGAGAGAAAUGAUUUAUUUAGCACAGCAAUUAAACAUGCUUGGUCACUAUUAUAAUGUGGUGGUAAUGCUUUUUUUAAAAAGUAAUAUAUUUAAUAAAAGCACGCAUAUAAUUUAAUAUUCUAAUUGCAUUAAGGCUGAAUACUGCAUUUUACAACCUACAGCAUUUAGUUUCUACAGAGGUAAAAAUUGCAACCAAAUAAAAUUAAGCUGCUCUUCAUGUGCAGUAAGUGUGCCUUUCUGGGACACUUUGUAGACUAGGUUUUCCCUCCAUAUAUACUUGCGGAUUCUAUUUGUUCAUCUAUUAGAAAUCUAUGUGACAAUAUGAAAACAAGAUCCUUCAGUUAGUUUCCUUAUAUUUAAGUCUUAAGGUACAUACUGUAAAUGAUAGCAGUCAGUUUCACAUUCUUUUAAAAAACGGGGCUGUUUACCAUGUGGCUUUACUGGUUGCAUGGCUUGAAGAAGCCUGUAAACCGGAGCAGAAACCUUUUAAUCCAGGGCAGUGAUUACUAUGUAGGACAUGUUAGAUAUGCAUUGAUCAACAAUCAUAUGUUUUAUGGUUUGUUUUUGUGCUUUUUGAAGUAGUCUACAGCAGUCUUCAUUUUGCAAGUCGACACCCUGAUCUUAAAUGCUGAAAUA